ACUUGCUUGUAGGCAGACGUGGCUGCAAAUAAAGUGUGAUCUGUAUUUUAUAAAACUUGGGAAUUAAUGUGAUUUUCGAUAAUCAUAUCAACGUUUUCUUAAUCUGGUGCAGUUUUCUAAAACAGUAAGUGAGGAAAUUGGUUUCCUUUGUUUACUUUGUCAAUUUAUGUACAUGUGCUGUGGGAAGUCGGUCAGUGCAGGGGACGCUAUGUAAUUAUAAGCGAUUGCCUAAUGGAUAUCAACAAACCACUUAACGUAUGUGUUAUUGGAGACUCUUAUAUUCGCCGGCUGAAGGAAUUCUGUAUGACGAAGGACAUGUUAAAUCUAAGGUUACAAAAACAGUUUUGUUCGAUAAACUUUCGUGGAAAAGGGGGGUUUCGUGCACGCCAUGUUAAACACUUAGCGGGCGGAUCUAGGCAUGCGUUGCCCCGUUUUGACGAGGUCCCCGACGUGAUUUUCAUACAAAUAGGAGGUAAUGACAUCUCAGGAUCUACGAACUCUGCUCAACUGGCCAAAGAUAUUGUUUCCUUGGCGGAAUAUUUGGUGCUAGGUGUCGGAGUUCGAUUAGUUUAUAUUGGCCAAUUAAUUCGUAGACUCCCGUUCGCCACCUGUCCGGGAUACAACGAAAUGGUGAUACGGAUCAACAUCCAACUGGAUAUGAUGACAAAAAACUUAUCGGGAGUGGUAUUUUGGCGUCACCGUGGUUUCUGGGCUUCCCUGUCUUAUCUUGGGCCAGAUGGUGUACACCUGGAUUGCACCCCUUCCCUCAGCCAGCCUAUGAGGAAAUAUCUUCGGAGUAUAAGAAAUGCUGUAAUUCAGGCUCCAAAAUUCCUCAGGCCAGUAUAAUUUUUAAGUUUGCACGGAAUUGUUUAUAUUUUCCGUUAGUAUGUGUAUAUAGAAUAUUUUAAUAUACACUGACCUAGGCUUAAUUUCAAGCAAAGCAUUCAUAUCAGAUCAACAUUCGUUGAAUUGUAUUUGACAUGUAUAUGGCAUCUUGGUAAUAUGGUACCUAUGAUUGAUUGACUCUUGUAAUUAUGUUCAACAUCCACAUGCAGGUACUAUUUGCUUUCUGUUCAACAAACAAGGCAUGUGCAUAAUGACAUUUAAAUGCGUCUUAUGCAAUAUAUUGAUACAUAGUCUAUCUCUGUUUUAUUACAGUCCAAGAUAAUCCUAGCAGCAAUUUCAAUUCAAUGCAUAUUGAAUCUUGUACAUAUAUGGGUCAGUUACUAGGUACCUAUACAUAGUAAUCGUGUGAAUUAGAGUUUUAUUCAUUUUUAUUUGCAAGCGGGUCAAAGUUGCUCAUUUUAUGUGGGUCUGAGUUAACCCAUAAAUUUCUGUGGGCCGGAGUUACCCCUACUUUUUAUUUGGGUCGGAGUUACCCUUAUUUGCUCAUUGGGUUGGAGUUACCCAGAUUUAUAUUUUGGGUCGGAGUUACCCAUAUUUAUAUUUUGGGUCGGAGUUACCCACAUUGAUAUUUUGGGUCGGAGUUACCCAUAUUUAUAUUUUGGGUCGGAGUUACCCACAUUGAUAUUUUGGGUCGGAGUUACCCACAUUGAUAUUUUGGGUCGGAGUUACCCACAUUUACAUUUUGGGUUGGAGUUACCCACAUUUACAUUUUGGGUCAGAGUUACCCAGAUUUAGUUUGGGUCAGAGUCAACCAUUGCUAUUUUUAUAAGGGGUUAUGCAUUUAUGUAGAGUAUCCCAGGGAUUAGUUGCACUUUAGAUUUCAUUUAAUAGUGGUACAAACCAUAUUUCUUGAUGUUUGUCACCCUGUUUGGGGUGCAUUCUUCAUGAUUAAGUAUUUAUACGUUAGGCACAAUUUACUCUCAAUACCUAUUUUAAUUUGUGUCAUUUUACCUUAUUUCUUAAUGAAAUUAUAAUUCAGUUCAAAAUCACAAUGACCAUGUGGUCUGCUGAUAUUACAUUCAGCAAAUAUUAUUAUCAUUAUCCUUUGAUAGCAGUUCAGUUUUCUUAUGCAUAGUAAAUCAUUAUUCUACUCUUACAUUUCUGUGUGUAUGGCAGUUAUUACAUACUCACCCUUCAUCAGUUAAGCAUGCACCUUGUGCAUUACAUAUGUAGGUGUAUGCUAUGUAUUUCUAUACUGAUUUGACAUUUUUCGUGGCAAAUUGGUUGCUAAAUAAUGCCACCUUCCAUAAUUAUUUGACAAUUUGUUGUAAAAUGUGUAUUGUUACAGGAACAAUGCCACCCAAACCCAGCCAGCGCCUGUCAGCGAAGCGCAGGAGAGUCAAUUCUCCGGGUAGCUCAGAAGCUCCCAAUUUCACAUGUGCAAGUGAUUCAGUGCGAAAUGAUCUGAAUCCCAUUCAAUCAAGUUCAAGUGGAGUGAACACUUUAGCCUCACAAAUAGACUAUGCAGAAUUAGCAAAGCAUAUAGUUGCCCAACAGAGACAACAAGGAACAGAAAUUCAGCAGGAGGCAUCAGCACAGCCACAAACUAUGACUGACAGUACACCCGUGAGCUCAUCUAUGUUAAAUGGCAGUGAGGGAAAUCAGGAUGUGUCGGCCUCCAACUUAAGUUCCUUGUUGGACAUGUUUUCACAGCUAUAUGAGCAUCAUACUGUGCAAUUCACCUGAAGAUGGAGUUGACCAAGUUGCUAACUUUGAGGAGAACUUGAAGAGCAGAAGAUGCAUUCCAUGACUCUUAUGUGAUAUAGAAGACAAAGAAGAGCUCUUGAGAAUGGAAAAAAAAACUGCGAGUUUUACAGUCAAUGAACACACCUCACGACACAAGUCCAUCCUGAUUCAGUAAACUAUUCUUCUAAGGAAACAGCAUGACUUAGUUAAGAUCAAGUUUUGGUGUCAGAAGACUAAUGUAACUAAAACAUUGCAAAAUUAACCUGCAAGUGUCUUAUGUGAACCUACUGAAUAAGGAUUCAUUACUGAACAGUUGAAGGAAAAUCACUAUUAUAAUGAUUUUUAAAAAAAGAUGAUUGUGUUGUUUGGAUAACAUUGUGAUCCAUGUUUGUUGAAUAAACAACUUUGCAAAAAUGAGUUGUUCUGUGUUAAUAUUAUAAAUUUACUAAUUACUGGU